AUGAAGACUCUUUCGAUUCCUGCCAACGAGGCCACACAGAGAUUAGAACAGGCAUUCCAACUCGUCUUCAACACUUCAGCACAGGAGUACGCUCAACUCUGCAAUACGUUCAGCUCCCUAGGAGGCCUUCCCCGAGCAUGGAUCGUCAAGGGAGAGUCAGGCACAGGCAAGACAUACUUGGCCAAUGUUCUCUGCAAAAAGUAUGGUGUCGAUCGAGUCGUGACAGUGACAAUUGGUGAUCUCGCCGUCAUGUAUCCUGGUGACUUACUCAAGGGCCUUACAACCUACCUUGGAUCUUCAAAACAAUUCUCCAAGACCGUCGUUAUUCUGGACAACAUUGAGCUUAUAUUCCCUCGCGACGACAGCAACUUUUCCCUUGUCUACGCGCUCCAGUCAUGGAUCCAGGAACUCAAGGACCAGGAGAAUCUAUCUUUGAACUCUGCCACGACAAAUACCUCCCACCGUCGAGUAGUGGUUCUCGGAUUGACACAGGAUGCUCGUGCACUGGAUCCCUCUGUCGCAACCAUGUUUGACGACUCUAUCGAACUCGAUAUCCCCACACCCGAGGAGCGAUCUGUCAUUCUGCAAGCUAGUGCUGUCAACCACCAGAUGACCGGGCAACAGGAUUUCGCUUCGGAGGUCGAGGCAGUGUCACAAAAGUGCCACGGGUAUCUUCCAGCGGAUUUGGAUGCUCUUUGUACGCAGGCCGCUGUGAUUGCCCACGGACAUGGGCGCGGAUUGAAUAAUUGCAGCAAACAAGACUUUUACGACGGGAUGAAGGCUAUUCGAGUCUCGGCACUACGACAGAAUACAAGCGUCCAAAAAGUAGACCCUGUAUAUUGGAGCGACAUCGGAGGGCUUGAACACGUCAAGAAAACUUUGGAGGAGUCCGUAAUCUGGCUGUACAAGCACGCUGAGGCAUAUUCACGGAUGGGUAUUAGUCCUUCCAAAGGAGUCCUUUUAUACGGGCCACCAGGGACAGGCAAGACCCUACUUGCCAAGGCGGUCGCCACCGAGUCCGAGGCCAACUUUAUGGCGGUGUCGAUUCCGGAACUGAUCAAAGGAGAGGUCGGAGAAUCUGAAAAGGCGAUCGCCAAGGUCUUUAAGACGGCAUCAAAGUGCAGUCCGUGCAUUGUUUUCUUGGACGAGCUGGAGGCCAUUUUUGGAACGAGAGAAUCAAGCGGCGGUCUUGGAAAACAGUUAAUUUCACAACUUCUCCUCGAGAUGGACGGGUGCUCGGGAGGUGUUGUUAUCUUGGCGGCCACCAACCACCCUGAAGCGAUCGACAACUCUAUCUUGCGACCAGUCACCAUUUUGAGGAUCUUGCAGAAGUCGACGCGAUUCUCGGAGACUACGGAUUUGUACACCGUCGGGAACCUGACGAGCAACUUUACAGGAGCGGAUAUGAAAGCCCUUGUGCGGAAAGCAGGUCUUUACGCGCUAAAGGACAACAGGACGUUCAACCAUCUGUAA